GCACUUCGCACAUCAGCUGACUAGUCCAAAGAUAACACCCACUUUCCUGCGAGCUGUUAACGGGACAACUUGUACUCCGGUGCUAGCUUUGUUUCACGAAGUAAACUCUGAUAUUCGAAGAUGGUCCAGAAAAUCGAGGUAGAGGGUUUCGACGCCUUCGUGGAGGCCGUGGAAUCCUCUAAAGCCUCGGGGAAGCCGGUCUUCGUCCUGUUUUCAGGCUCGAAGACAGCGGGCGGCGUGAGUUGGUGCCCCGACUGUGUGACAGCCGAACCCGUGGUCAAGGGCGCCGUGGACAAAGCAGCUCCGGAAGACUCCGUUUUCAUCUAUGUUGGCGUCGGAGGCAGGGACUUCUGGAAGGAUCCCAACUGUGUCUUCCGGACAGAUGCCAGAACCAAGUUAAAAAGCGUUCCCACCUUGAUGAAGUACGGGACGCCGCAGAGGCUGGAGGAGGAGCAGUGCGCUAAGGUCGACAUGGUUGAGAUGCUCUUUGAAGAUGCUUAGCAAACACUAGUACAUGGCUGCCCAACAUAGGAAGAUGUAUUACUGAUUCCUGAAAAACAAAUUAUUGUUUUUAUAACAAAUCAUUUAUGAACAAACCAAUCUUUGUGAUUAGUUUUAAUGUAUUCUGAGGGCAAGAACAGGGGAACCCCAUAAACAUCUUUAAUACAAAUGUUUCUUGUAUUUAGAUAAAUGUAUUUAAGAUGUGAUUUUUCAGUGACAUUUCUUAGAAUGUUAAUUAUAUGAUUUAACCAGUUACUUUUGAAUUACAAUUACAUUAAAUGACUAUCUGUUUGUAAUGUCACCAACAAUUUUUUUAUGUCACUCCCAGUCACCUAUGAUACAUGCUUGACUAGUAUUUAUAUCAGGAGAGAUAAGCAACAUAACACUUGGUUGCUUUAAUUUUUUGUUGUAGAUGCAAGAUAUCUUUGCCAAUGGCCAAUUAAUUUUGUAUAAUGAGUUUCAUAUUUGAAAAAAACAAAAAAACAAUAGCUCUGUAUAUCUUCCACUUUGGAUAAUAAUAUUGAUAGAAUUUAAA